AUGUUAGCCAACCUCCAGUCCUCCAGCAGCACACCCGACUAUCGAUACAAAUAUCUCGGCAAGAGGCCCAGCAAUCAUUUCCGUAGCUUCCCAUGGAGCUCUCGGAUGGCAGAAGGCAUACCAUGUACUCAUGAAGACAUCAUAAAAUUACUUGAAGAUACACGGGUUGAAUUAGAAGAAAUGUUAAAUGAGUUGGAGAUGUUGUCAGUGCAAGCAACUUGUAUGACCUAUGACAUAGUUAUCCUACGUACAGACCCUUCCGUUGUGGAAUCAAUGAUGCGAUUAAAUGAAGCAUAUCUGAACUGCAAAGAGUCAGUGGCAAAGGACUACAUGGAAAUGCUAACUGAACCAAAAAAAAAUGAGUCAGAAACUGUUUGA